AUGGCAUUCAGACAGGAUUCGAACGAUGUGAGUUGCCACGUCACGGAUGCCGCUUCAAAACUUUCAUUCGAUUCCAUCCGAAAACAUGUUUUGGCUCGCCCCCUCGCGCCCCUACGUGGCAAUUGGAUUUCGGACGGCCCGGGCCUUCUCAAUCCAAUAAUAAGUUAACCCUACACUCAAGUCCCAUUUUGUGUCGUUCUGGCUUUAUGUAUUUCAAAUGUGAUACGAAGGGAAUGAUGUCUGAUCUUUGAGGUGUUCAGAGGGCAUCUGUCACCUACUUGCCAAGUCUGAACUCAGAAAGCAUUUGGAUUUGAGUUGCUCUUUCUCCUUCCCUCUAACUCAUUUCGAUUUCAGACCGAGCUGGCGAUCCGUCACGGACAUCUCGCUCCGCCGAACACAAUUCCCGAUAGUCCGCGGCCUCAGAAGCCGAGCAAUGAGCACCCGUUGGCCAACACAAACAGCCUUUCAGUCGACGUUCCAGUUACGAAAAACAGUGAGUGUUUGCUCUUUUGUGAAGGGAACAAUCUAGUCACUUUUCAGCUGUGUCUGCUUCGAGCAAAGAGAAGGACGCGGAGAAGAAGAAGAAAAAGUGA